AUGGCCGACGACGAGACUAGACGCGAAACCUCCAGACUGUGGCGCGUGUGGAAGACGACCAAGCAGCUGUGCUACGACAGAGGCUACGAACUGGCCGAAGAUGAACUCGACGUCUCCCUCGAUCACUUCCGCGAGCAGUGCGGUGACGGCUCCGGCGGUGUCAGCAAGACCAAGAUGAACUUCCAGGCCAGACCCUCCGACGCAAUGUUGACCAAAUACACCGCCCUCCCCACAAAGUCAAACCCCAACCCCGAACCCCAAAUCGGAACCAUCUACGUCGAGUUCAGCACAGAAGCCGCCAUAGGAAUCAAGCAUCUGCGCAACUACGCCCAGUUCCUCAACGACAAGAACUUUUACUCGGGCAUCUACAUCACCUCUGCUUCCGUCACCACCUCUGCGCUCAAGCAAGCCGCAAACCUGCCCAUCACCAUCGAAGUCUUUCAAGAGACCGACUUGCUCGUCAACAUUACAAAGCACGAACUCGUACCCAGGCACAUCCUGCUUAGCCCAGAGGAGAAGAAGGCCCUGCUCGAUCGCUACCGUCUGAAGGAGACUCAGCUUCCUCGCAUCCGUGUAGAGGACCCCGUUGCCAAAUACCUCGGUCUGCGCAGAGGUCAGGUCGUCAAGAUUAUUAGAAAGUCCGAAACCGCCGGCCGUUAUGCCAGUUACCGCUGGUGUAUAUGA